CUCCAAGGGAAAUGGUAGCUGACAACACGGAUUGGUUUGUCAGUGACCAACCAAAUGACUAAUUCUGAAAAAUACCGAAAUCAAAUCGGUUAAUGCGAGAGGGAGAGAGCGCGAGAGCAGACACUGGACAUGAAUGAUACUGUUAGUGCAGUCCAAAACAAAGACAGACCUGCUAAUGUUUGGGAAAUGUGACGAAGGAAAUAUGGAGCAAUAUACAACUACAACCAGUGGGGAUCAGAUAGUGGUGCAAGCUGCCAAUGGGCAAAUCCAGCAGCAGGUCCAGGGUCAGCCGCUGAUGGUCCAGGUGAGUGGUGGGCAGCUGAUUACAUCCUCAGGUCAGCCCAUCAUGGUGCAGGCCAUGUCUGGAGCUCAGGGCCAGACAAUCAUGCAGGUGCCCAUGUCUGGAGCACAAGGCCUUCAGCAGAUCCAGUUGGUUCAGCCGGGACAUAUUCAGUUGCAGGGUGGUCAAACUUUGCAGCUGCAGGGUCAGCAGGGUCAGACUCAGCAGAUCAUCAUACAGCAGCCCCAGACUGCCAUUACCGCAGGCCAGAAUCAGGGGCAGCAGAUUACAGUUCAUGGACAGCAUGUUGCCCAAACAGCUGAAGGACAGACCAUUGUAUACCAGCCUGUGAACGCUGAUGGCACAGUUCUGCAGCAGGGCAUGAUCACCAUCCCAGCAGGCACCCUGGCAGGCACUCAGAUUGUCCAGGCUAAUACCUCCACAACCAACAGCGGGCAGGGCACAGUUACCGUUACUCUGCCAGUAUCUGGAAACAUAGUGAACGCUGGGGGAAUGGUCAUGGUAAGACCUCCUGAUGAGAUGGUGCCGGGUGGUGGUGCUGUGCCAGCCAUCCAACGAAUCCCUCUGCCAGGGACCGAGAUGCUCGAAGAGGAGCCGCUGUAUGUUAAUGCCAAGCAAUAUCACCGUAUCUUAAAAAGACGCCAAGCUCGUGCCAAGUUAGAGGCAGAGGGCAAGAUCCCUAAAGAAAGAAGGAAAUAUCUUCACGAGUCACGGCACAAACACGCCAUGCAGCGGAAGCGUGGCGACGGGGGACGGUUCUUCUCACCUAAAGAGAAAGAAGAAAUGGCUUUGGCCAUGCAGGUGAGAGCGCAGGGCCAUGUCAAGCAGGAAGACCUACGCAAUGCCACCGAACUCGCGAGCUCACAUUGGCUGCCUGAGCACACUUCGCCCCUCGCAUAGACGCUCAUCUUUGCUCUCCUUAGCAGAUUCAUUCUCGCUCUUUUCUUUAUGUGACAUGCUGUCAUUGGCUGCUCUUGCACGCAUCACCUCCUGCUUUUUCCUGUGCUUGUUGGCUGCUUGAGUCUGUCCCAUCAUGUCUCAUUGCUAGUUAAGCAUUCGUGUGUACAGACUGCAUGAUCUGCUAAAUCUGCUGUGUGGUAUUUUAUGACCUGUCUAUCUGAACUUAGAUUUCCUGUUCUGCCAUAUUUAACAAGAAAAAGAUCAUCUCUUCACUGUUAUGACGUAAUCAGGAUGAAAACACUGAUAUUCCCUGCAUUCUACUGAUGCAGCUCUUCAGGACUGAGAAUUGCUAAUGCGUUGUGACUGACUUUAUCACGUGAUUGUCUGUUUGGUCCAAGCACUAUUAUUAACAGCAUGAAGGUUUAAGAAAGCAUGAAUGCUUUGUCAUUGGCAAACUCUGUCAGUUUCAAUUAUGAAGUCACUACCUAAAAAUAUGAAAAUGAUUUUUUUGAGGGACCAGUUUAAAAGAAAUGUGAUUUGUUUGAAUAUAUAUAUUUUUAUCUUGUUUUCUACAUUUAUUUUGAGGAAGCAUUACUGUUGUUGUUUUUUGUUUGGAUUGGAUCUGGUUCUGUCCUUGUGCUUGGAUUUCAUACCUAUGCAGUGUUAUCACUGUGUUCAUUUUUGUCACAUGUUGUGAUUUUUAUUCUGAAUAAACAUUCUGACUGACUUCCAAAAG